CGGGUGCACAUUUCCACCCCAUGGCCGUCUGUAGGUGAUCUAGCUCCGCCAGUCUCCAGCAGGUGUCCAACAUGGCGAGCACGGCAAACGGAUCUCUCGCUCUCCCUUUCUCUCUUGUCGUGAUUUCAGUGGCUUUUCUCCUCAAAGGAGCUGCUGAAACCAUCACAGUGGAAGGUCAGAACCUGGCAACGGACAACGUGUCUGUGGUGGAGGGUGAGAUGGCCACCAUCAGCUGCAGGGUGAAGAAUAACGAUGACUCGGUCAUCCAGCUGCUCAACCCCAACAGGCAGACCAUCUACUUCAAGGAUGUCAGACCCCUGAAGGACAGUCGGUUCCAGCUGGUCAAUUUCUCUGACAACGAACUGCGAGUGUCUCUGUCCAAUGUGUCACUCUCCGACGAGGGACGCUACGUGUGCCAGCUCUACACUGACCCCCCUCAGGAGGCCUACGCAGACAUCACCGUCCUGGUGCCUCCAGGAAGCCCAAUCAUUGAGAGCCGCGAGGACGUGGUCAGCGAGGGCAAUGAGACGGAGCUCACCUGUACAGCUAUGGGCAGCAAGCCAGCGGCCUCCAUCAGAUGGAUGAAAGGAGAGGUAGAACUGAUAGGAGAAACAACGGUGGAAGAGACGUAUGACAGGAUGUUUACUGUCACCAGCCGGGUACGAUUCUCUGUCAAUAAGGAGGAUGACGGCGUUCUGGUGGACUGCAUCAUUGACCAUCCCGCUGCAAAUGACCUGCUGGCACAAAGGAGCUUAGAAGUGCUGUAUAAACCAGAAGUGAAGAUUGUGGUGACGUAUCCUGAAGGAUUAACUCGAGAGGGAGACAAUCUUGAUCUGACAUGUAUUGCAGAAGGAAAACCACAUCCUCAUCAGAUCAAUUGGCUGAGGGUGGACGAGGACGUGCCGCCUCACGCUGUGGUCACAGGCUCGGACCUUUACAUCGAGAACCUCAAUAAGUCCUUCAACGGCACGUAUCGCUGCGUGGCCUCCAAUGCUGUGGGCGAGGCCUAUGAUGACUACAUCCUCUACGUGUACGAUGCUCCCACUACUAUCCCCACACCCACCACCAACCCAGUCAACACGCAAGACUCCAGAGCCGGCGAGGGGGCGCCACCCAAAAUUGACCAUGCUGUCAUCGGCGGGGUGGUUGCAGUAGUGAUGUUCGCCAUCCUCUGCGCGCUCAUUGUUCUUGGUCGAUACUUUGCCAGACACAAAGGCACAUACUUCACGCACGAAGCCAAAGGGGCGGACGACGCCGCCGAUGCCGACACGGCCAUCAUCAACGCCGAGGGCGGACACAACAACACAGAUGAGAAAAAGGAGUAUUACAUCUAAAAAAAAAAAAAAAAAAAAAAAAGUGGAGAACGGUGGUGGUGCUAUGGCAGCAUUGGGUCUCAUGUUUGAUUGGGAAAAGGUUUAUUGUUCUUAGGGGGGGGUGGAAGUAGGACUGGCAUGGCCGGGUGUCCUAUGGAAACCCUUCUGGACUGCUGGGGCCUACAGUAUAUAUUAUGUACAGUUUCUUUAUUUUACAGACAAUUUUGUGCCUUGUUUUAUUUCUUUUGCCCCCACGAUCCCUCCCCCACACGCUUUUUGCUUUAGAUAUUUUACCAUGGACUAUUUGGACAAGAGGCCUGAGUGUGUGUGUGUGUGUGUGUGUGUGUGUGUGUGUGUGCUAGCUUUUAGUUUGAGUGUCAUUGUGCACAAAUAUAAAAACUCAUCCACGUGUUUUUAUUUUUGGUGAGUACCAACUUGGACACAGUGUCUACACAUUUACGUCUAAUGGGUCAAAGACCGGCUUCGUCACGCUUCCCCCUAACACACGUAUGCCCCAUGCUGCUGGUUUACAUGCUGACAAUAGAGCCACUUUAUUAGGAACAAGGUAUCCUAGGAUGAAGGUGGUCAGGCUGCUUUAUCUGUGGAGACUGCCGUAAACCCUGAAAUAAUAUUUAUUUUUGUUUUGUUACAUCAAAAUUGUCAUUUUGGCAACUUGUAGCAUACGGGUGACAAAUUGAGGAGACCCCUGCUAGCUCAUGUGACUUCAUUUUAGUACUAAAAAUGUCAAACGAACACAAACAGCACUUUUUACAGUGAAAAUAACAAAUGAUCGAAUGCAACCAUUCUCAACUGGUGGGUUGCGGGUGUUUGCCUGGGGGAAAUAAAAUAUAAAACAAUGCAACGACCCGAUGUCCAUGACGUUUAUGGCUUUAUCAAGCCUGAGCGGGAGGGGAAGGACGUGCCGACGUGCAGCUGCAGAUAUCUGUUGGAGAAGAGCGCGUUACGAUGAGCGAGAUGGCGUCUCACCGCUGCAGCUUACGUUCAGUCCCUUUAAAUAUGAGAUGGGUGAGAAGUUUAAGUUGGAAAAUGUGGGUCCCGCUACCCAACCAGAUGAGAACCACUGAUCCAAUGGGUUCGCACCAUUCAGACGGUUAUGCUGUUAUUCUUAUUAAUUAUUACAACUAUUUCUUUUGUAUGUAUUUUAUUACAAGAAAAAAUCAUUGAAAUUAUUUGAAAAAAUUGAAAAGACACAUCAUCUUUCUUGCUAAAUGUAUUCCCACGGUGAAAACGAGUUUGGCGCCCCUGCCUUAGAGCAAUGUUCCAAACACCUUCUACCCAAGCGUGCCUAAUAAAGUGGCUGUCGAGUCAGUUGUUUCCUUUCGUUCAGUGGCCUGUACAGGUUUGAGGAAAGCGGUUUACUUUUGGUAGCUAUGAUGUCAUUUUAGUCUCUGUGUGAAGUGACACCUCCGUGAUGCAUCUUGAGUGCAAAUGUUAAAUAUUGAGAGUCGGUAGUUGGUAGUCGAGUCGGACGUGAUGGAACAAUCAUGCGCGAACGAUACGCUUGCAACGUGCCCUAAAAUAACACGUGGUCCAAAAUGAUACGACAUUCCAGUCUCAUUACUUUCAUCUGUCAGUCAUUUGUUCCUUUUCCAAGGCAGUGGUCCCAAAAUGCCCUCAUUCAUGGUAUACCCCCCCAUUAUAGGGGAUGGCCGUAAUCACGGUUUGGUGCGUACCUUGGUUUGUGAUACAAGUGGUGGUCUUCUUCCUCAUUAAUCAUUUUGGAUGAUGGUAUUAUAUUUAUUACUACCCAAGAGACGCACGGACUUAAAGCGUGGCAGCAAAUAUUGUUGGACGACUUCCUGUCAGCAUAAUGAUGGGGUUUAGGGCAGGGGUGUCCAAAAUGCGGCCCAGGGGCCAUUUGCGGGCCGCUGCUGUUUUUUUAUAGGCUCACGGCACAUUCUAGAAGUAUAAUUUAACAAGAAACCAAAAAAAAAAAUCCCAACAACAGCAGAAAUGGAAAAAUCAGCAGUCAUUUUACAAAAAUAAAGUAAUAUUAAGAGAAAAAAGUUUUUCAAGGUCGUAAUGUUAUGAGAAGCAAAACAACAAAUGCAGUUGUAAUUUUUGCAAAAUGAGGUGCCGGGAAAACGUUAGUGUUACGAGGAUAAAGUGAAAUUAUGAUGGGAAUAAAGUCAUAAUUCCGAGAAGAAAGUGCAAAUAGUUGGAAAAAAAUGUUUAAAAUGGCAGAAACUACUGUAAUUUGAUGAGAAUAAAGUCAAAAUAUCAUGAAUAUUAUGACAAGAAUAAUGUCAGUUUAGUAGCAUACGGUUGUAACCAAAUAUGGUAUUUUUUCAAAGUUGUGAUCUUAGGAGAAACAAAACAAAAUAAAGGUGUAAUUCUUUUAAAAAUAGGUUGAGUAAAAGUUAUAAUAGUAUGGGAAUGAAGUCAUGAUAUUACAAAAAAAAAAUUGUGAAGAUUGUUUAAGAAGAAAGUAUUCGGAGAAAAAAGUUGUGUUCUAAUGCGAAAAGUAAAGUAAUAGUAAAGUAAUUUUACAGGAAUAAACUUGUAAUACUAUGAGGAAAAAAAAAAUAAAUUUUAGUAGCAGACUUGAAAUAUUGAAGAACAUUUUUGUUGUUUUUUUUAAAGGUGUAAUGUUACGAGAAACAAAACAAAAUAAAGUUGUCAUUUCUGGACAGUUAGGUUGGGGGAAAGUUUGAACAUUGGGAAAAAAGUCAUAAUAUUAUGAGAUGAAAAUGAAAAAGAAAUAUCUAGAAAAAAAAACAGCAAAAAUAUCGUGUUUUCAGCGAUAUGACAAAGCUGAGAUACAGUUUAUCAAAGGGGCCCUUGCAUCCUUUCAUUUUUAGGGUAUGUGGCCCUCCCGGGAAAAGGUUUGGACACCCCUGCCUUAGGGCCACAGAUGACUUGCAUAUAAAUACACCCUCCGCUCAUAAAAUCCUAUGAAAAUAUAUUAAAAGAUGAAAUCCAUUGCAUGUCAUAGCGCCCACAUGCUCUACCCAAUAUGCUAAUUAUGCUUGUGCAUUAAUAAAAAGUCCACUUUGCACACUCGCUCGGAAUAUGUGUGUGGAUGAAUGUAUGAAAUGUAUGAAGUAUCGCUUCAUUUUCCAAAGCUCUGUGUUUGAUAUGAUGACGGGAUGUUCAAGGAAGGAAAAGCAGUUUUGAAAUCUAGAAUGCAUUUCUUGGCUCAGCUCCACUUUAUGAACCAGACGAAUCAGUGAAAAUGUGAACCUCCUGACACGUUACAUUUAGGCUCGCCUUUGAUUGAACUUGAAUGGCUGACUGCACCAUCAAGUUGUCAACCCAUUUAAAAAAAAAAAAAAAGAAUAAAUCACGUUCCUGGCUGCACCCGGCAACCUCAAAUCUUCACUGAAGCGCUGUUGGCUGAAGAAGCUGAAGGCUGUCCCUGCUAGUUGUUGGCUAGUUGUGGUGUUACUGAAAUAGAUUAGAUAACCACUGCCUUAAUGCCACCUCCCGAUACGUAUCGCUAGGAAGGAAGGACGUCUGUAGUGCCUUCUUUCAUUUCGAGGCAUGCGAUUGGUUGUACAGCAUCCUUAUGUACACUUUCAAGUAUAUCUUGUAUAUUUGUGUCCUCUUUCUAAACUCACACGGCCGAUGUUCAUCGCCAUCGUCGCACCGUAAAACCUUGCAUUAGCGUCACAGAGUGGGGUGAUGUUGUACAAAAGCUCGGAGGAGCAGAGAAGUUGUAUUUAUUAUGUAAUCAAUUGGUGAUUUCAAAUGUUCAUUUGACAAGCGUUUGUUAUUUAUUUGGAUAUUUAGGGACAACAAGCCUCUCAAAGGGAAUACAGUGGAUACUGAAAGUGAGCACAUCGCUUUUUUUCAAUUAUUUAACACAAUUAUAAAUAUAUAUUUUUUUGUCAUUAUUGUUUUUCAUAUUUCUGAACAUUUUUUCUCCCAUAAUUCCCGUAUUUUUUACCGAGUGAAUCACAAGCGCAGGUUAUUUUUGAAAUGCUUUGUGAUGAGUCACCGAUGCAGUGUCACGCUUCACUCACCUGACCUGCGUGCAGGCAGCGCUUGUCGCUUGUUUCACUCAUUUGCCCAAAGUCAGUUGGGAUAGGCUCCAGCUCCCUCACGACCCUGAGAAGCGGUAAGCCAGGGGUGUCCGGAGUGCAGCCCGGGGGCCACUUGUAGCCCACGGCACAUUCUAUAAAAAUAUAAUUUAACUAGAAAGCUUUAAAAAAACAACAACAGGGGAAAAAAGCAGUAAUUGUACAAGAAUAAAGUCAAAAUAUGAAGAGAAAAAAAGAUGAAAAAUAACAUAAUUUUAGUAUAAAGUUCAAAUACUAAAGAUUUUUUUUAAGUUGUAAUAUAAGAAACAAACAAAACAGCGGAAAAAAGUUGUAAUUUUUGGAAAAUUAGGUUGUGGAAAUAGUUCAAAUGUUAUGAAUAAGGGUCAAAAUAUUAUGGGAAAAAGAACGUUGAAAUUAAAAAAAAAAAAACAGCAGAAAUUUAAAAAAAAAAGUUGUCAUUUUACAAGAAUAAAGUUACAAUAGUAAGAGAAAAAAAGUUGCAAUUUUAUAAGAAUAAACUUGUAAUAUUAGGAGGAAAAAUUUUGUUUUAGCAGCAAAAAUUUUAUUUUAGCAGCAAAGUUGAAAUAUUAAAGUUAUUUUUUUUUCAAAAUCGUAAUAUUAUGAGAAACUAAACAAAUAAAAAAACAAUUAUGGGAGAUUAGGUUGGGGAAAAAAAUCCCAAGAAGAAUAUAUAGAGAUAUAUAAAGAUAUCAUAAUAUCACAAGAAGAAAAUUUACAAAGAUUAUAGAAGAAAGUUGAAAAAAAAACCAUCAAAAAUGAGGAAAAAAAAGGCCAAGUGUGAAGUUGAUGUUAAUAAUUGUCUUUUUGGCCUCCAUGACAAAGCUGACAUGCAGAGUUUCUUGAAAUACUGCAUAUGUACUGUAUCCUUGUAGUAUCUUCUUAGCAUAUCCACAUGUGUUGCUUUACUAAAUAUCCAAGUGGCAAAGUUGCAGCCUUUUUUUUUCACUAUGUGGAAAAUGAAGAUCUUCAUUUCUGGGGUAAGAUCUUCAUUUUCUGCAUCAAACAAUCCUAUUUUAACACGUAUGCCUUCACUUUCUCUAUCCACUGUAAAAGCUACAAAACACUACAAUUUAAGGCCAUUUUUUUCUGGUUUUGAGACUUUUUUUUUCUCUCUUCCCUUUCUUCUUCGCUUAAAGAUGACUUUUCCAGUGAAGAAAGGAGCACCACACCACCACAUCGCUCCAAUCCAAUUUGUCUUUUUUUUUUUUUAAAUACUUGCUGUUUAUUAUUAGUGCAUUUGUGUUCACUCUCUCAGGUUCAUGAGUGUUAAUAGUUGUGUUUUUGCAUCUCAGGUAGAAUGCAAAUGUAAACGGCCCCGAGUAUAUACUGUACUUGUAGUACCGCAGCUAUUCAAAACCGAUGUACAUGUAUUU